AGCCCUUGCAGCGAGCUCGGUUGCUACAUUAGAGAAGUGUCAAGAAACCCCGUUGUAUUGGGAGCUUGUGAUCGGCGUGACAAUGCACAUAAACGGUGACAGACAGACCAUGCCCGUGGCAAACUCGAGAGUUGAGAAAGACAGUCUCGGUCAAUUGGAACUAUCAGCUGAUGUGCUAUACGGCAUCAACACCCACCGAUCGCUUGCGAACUUCCCCCUCUCCGGUCGUUCAAUCACAACAUGGCCGGACUUCAUCUAUGCAUUUGCCACAGUGAAACAGGCGACAGCGCUUGCAAAUCUUGAAAUCGGUUGUCUUACAGCGGAGCAGGCAGAUGCUAUUUCGGCGGCCUGUGAAGAAAUCAAGAUCGGCAAACACGACGCACAUCUUGUCGUUGAUAUGCUCGAAGGCUCGGGUGGCACGUCGACCAACAUGAACAUGAACGAGGUGAUUGCGAACAUCGCCGCCAAAUCCGCUGGUCGGGCGCUCUCCGAUUACAGCUUUGUUCAUCCAAACGAUCACGUCAACCUGGGACAGUCGACAAACGAUGUAGUUCCAACCGCUAUGAAACUGGCUGCUUAUCGUGCAAUGGCAGAGCCUCUCCACAACCUUCGCAAGCUGGCGGUCGCACUCUCGACCAAGUGCGAAGAAUACAAAUCGAUCUUUCGCCUAGGGAGAACUUGCCUUCAAGACGCGCAGCCCAUGACCCUCGGCCAGGCAUUUGGAGGCUACGAAGCAGUCGUCCAGCGACACGCAGACCACCUCGAUGCAAUUCGCCAGCAGCUCUUGACCGUCCCCUUAGGAGCCACAGCUAUUGGAACCGGUUUUGGAUCCCAACCAGGGUAUAAAGCCGCUGUAUUCCGGCAUCUAUCCUCUCUAUUCAACACCAAGGUCCACCCUACUAGUAACGCAUUUGACGGCAUGCAAAACAUGGACACCUGCGCCCGUCUUUCAGGAGAGUUACGCAACACCGCCAACACUCUCUGGAAGAUCGCCAACGACCUGAUUAUACUAUCGUCCGGACCCAACGGUGGAAUCAACGAGAUCACGCUGCCCUCCGUCCAGGCCGGAUCGUCAAUUAUGCCCGGGAAAGUGAACCCAGUGAUUCCCAUCGCGGUCUGUCAAGUCGCCUUGGCGAUUACGGGUAACGACACGGCAAUUGCGAUGGGAUGCCAGCAAGGCUUGCUCGAGAUCAAUCACUUUGAACUGCUUGUGUGCGACCGUCUUCUUGAUAGUAUUCGGCUACUGGGCGGCGCUGCGGAUAUUUUUGCUCGUCGAUGCAUCGACGGGAUACUUGCGAAUGAAGAUGUCUCGCGCGAGCAUUUGCUCGCGUCUAGCGCGUUGGCUACGGCGCUGGUGCCGGCGUUGGGCUAUGCGCAGGUUUCGAGCAUUGUUCGGGAAGCUUUGGCGGAGGAAAGGCCUUUCCUGGAUGUUGUGGUGGAGCAGGGGUUGCUCACGAAGGAUGAGAUCAUGGGAAUUGUUCAACGGUCGGCUCAUGGUGACAGUGUUUGAAUAGAAGAGGAAACGGCGUGCCAAGGGCUCUGUGAUUGAAAU